AAUGAUUUUACAAAUCGGAGUCAUUAAUCCUUAAACUUUCUCCAAGACAACAUGAAGAAUUUCAGCAUCCUUUUUGUUCUGGUUAUUCUAAUAUUAGAAAUCAAGGGUGAAUGCAGCUCGACUAUUCCACCAUAUCUUCACCCUCUAUGUGGAUUUGCUAGUGAAUGUGUAUUUGAGGCGGGAAAUGAAGUUGACAUCAAAAAUGAAUCUUGCAGACGUAGAGAACAGGGAAAAGCACCUUUCCUGGCCGUACGAAAUGGAAGUUGUCCAACGAACCUAAAGCAAUGUUCAAGGGCCGUUGCUCAAUAGCUCUAAAAUGAUUUCCCUUUACAAUAUAUAACGUUAUGCAAAUAAACCAAAAUUUUCCGGUUAUCAAUAUGUGGAAUUUAAUAAACUUUGUAUUAUAUCAGAAA